UUAAUUGACUUUUAAACUAAUAAUCAACUCGGCAUCAUGAAGAUAUUUUUUCACAUUGAUUAUCUGUACUCAAUCAUCUUGAUAGCGUUAUUAUGUUUACUAUCAAUUAACUUAUCAACGGCUCGACCAGAAGCGGAUUUGUCAUCGGAAAUUGAUGAAGAUCUUUCUGAAGAUGAUGGUUCAUGUGUUCUUAAUGAUGAAGUAUAUGAAAAUAAAGAGAAAUGGAAACACGAUGAUUGUACCUUUUGCAAUUGUAAUCAAGGAAAAGUUGAUUGUGUAAAAGUUGAUUGUCCAUCUUUGAAUUGCUCAGGAAGGACACAGAUACCUGAAGGGUUUUGUUGUCCUGUUUGUGUUGAUGAAAAUGCAACGAUUAAUUUAUCCUCACCUUCAUCUAUUCAACAAAUUGUUAAAUCUCCUGAAAAUGAAGAUGAGCCUGUUGUAUCCAACCAGGUAACUGAUGAGGAUUAUGAUGAAAAUAGUGAUAGUGAUGAGCCACAUGAAUUGCAUGAGGUUUUUGAAAAAUCUCAUGAACUUCCAUCGUCAUCGAUUUCAACUGCUCCAACCACAUCCACCAUCAAACCACAAUUAGCAGCAUCUCCUACAACUUCAACAACAACAACAACAACCACCAUAGCCCCACCACCAAUGCCCAUAACAAUAACAACUACAACUCAGUCACACUACACGACAAUCAGUAAAUCUGAUAUACCAAAGGAGAGUCCAGUUAAUCACGAUAAUGAAACAAAAGUGCCAACAAUCAGCUCAUUUAAUGGGUCAACAUCUGAAUUACCUUCAGUUUCACGAAUCAACUCAAGGGUUCGAUCCGAGAUGAGAGGAGAUAUUGAUGAUUUAACAACAGAUCAAGUAAACAAAAUAUUGGAACCCGGACUCCAUGAAUUAACACCAAAUUCCGGUCAAUCUGAAUCCUCACCUCCUGCAGAUUUAUCAUCUUGGUUCCAAUCGGUUGUAGCUUCACAAGGAAGCGGAAACAAUGAAAAAGGACCUUCAAUUGAACCAUUUAAUUACAUUCAACCUCAAAUUGUCGAAGGUGACAAAGGUCCUGUUGGUCCGAUGGGUCCACAAGGGCCACAAGGAUUCCCUGGACCAAGGGGUGAGCCUGGCGAACAAGGCCCACCUGGCUCACCAGGAGCCCCAGGAGAACGUGGUCCUCCUGGGGCCAAUGGUCGCGACGGCGAGAUAGGUCUCGAUGGUAAGCCAGGUAAUCCUGGACCAUCAGGGCCGAUCGGUGCAAGAGGUUCACCCGGUUUAGCUGGCAUUCCAGGCCCUAAAGGACACAGAGGCUAUCCUGGUAUUGAUGGAUCUAAAGGCGAACGUGGACCAUCAGGUGAAAUGGGAAUUCCAGGUAAACCAGGUGAACCAGGGCCCAUUGGAGCAAUUGGAAUCAAAGGUGAUCGUGGUAAUGAUGGAAUUCAAGGCAUUCCGGGUUUUCGAGGAAUCGAUGGAUCUCCCGGUCCCAUUGGCCCGACAGGAAGAACGGGUCCCCCAGGAUUAAACGGUCUUCAUGGCUCAAAAGGAGAGCCUGGACAAAUUGGUUCGAAGGGAGAUACUGGACAAGCAGGAAAAGACGGACAAGCUGGAGAGCCUGGACUACCUGGUGCUCAAGGAGUCCGUGGAUUACCUGGAGAUAAAGGAUCGCCGGGCGAGGCUGGGAGAAAUGGACAGCCUGGAUUUCCUGGAGCAAGAGGUCCACAGGGGAUUCAAGGUCUUCCUGGAGCAAUUGGACCUAAAGGUCCACCGGGAGAAUCAGGAUUAAAAGGAGAGAUAGGAAAAAAAGGUGAACCAGGUGCCGAGGGGCCGAGAGGUGACAUUGGGCCACCAGGGAUUCAUGGACGAAAAGGAAAACAAGGAGUUCAAGGAACUGUUGGUCCACAAGGGAAUCAAGGGGAACGAGGACUUCCUGGUCCACACGGGUUACCUGGAGUAGACGGCCCUGCAGGUCAAAAAGGCGAUAGAGGGCCAACUGGACUAACAGGACCUUCGGGAUCUAAAGGCGCAAUUGGAGAACCUGGUAAUGUUGGUCUACCUGGAGCGCAGGGCACACGUGGAUCUGUAGGAAAACCUGGUACACCAGGGAUAAAUGGUCUACCAGGUCCGAGAGGUCCACCCGGGUUAGAAGGACGCCAAGGCGAACCAGGGCAAAAUGGUCCACAAGGACAGCCUGGUUUGAUUGGAAUGCCUGGUCUUAAAGGUGAUCAAGGCCCAGAAGGGAAACAAGGAUUGCCAGGCCAACCGGGAUCAAAAGGAGACCAAGGGUUACAUGGACCUAUUGGACCAGUCGGACAACCUGGACCAGCAGGUGAAAAAGGAUCCACCGGACCAACGGGUCAUCCUGGCUUCAGAGGUCCACCAGGAGUGCAAGGAAAAGAUGGACCUGUGGGUCUACCAGGGCCAAUAGGGGCUGUUGGAGAACGAGGGGUUCGUGGAGAAAGAGGUUUCCCUGGUGAAAGAGGUCCUCCUGGUCCAAGCGGUGCAGUCGGAACCAAGGGUGAGGUUGGAUCUCCAGGAUCAGAUGGAUUACCUGGAUUAUUAGGACCCAAAGGAGAUCGAGGUCAUAAAGGUCCUUCUGGACUUCCAGGAUCACCUGGUACUAGAGGGGACAUUGGACCAUCGGGCGAAAAAGGUGAACGUGGCUACGUCGGACCAAUCGGACCUGAAGGGCCGAAAGGAAAGGUUGGAGAUCGUGGAUUAACUGGAUCUAUUGGUCCGAUUGGAGAGCCUGGACAAAAAGGAGAACCCGGCCUUUUAGGACCACAAGGAGAUCGAGGAUAUCAUGGUGAAAAAGGUUCUGUGGGAUCAACAGGUAGUCCUGGAUUCCCUGGACCUCCAGGUCAGUCUGGACCUCAGGGAAUAAAAGGAUCUCAAGGUGAAAAAGGUGAUAAGGGAGAUCAAGGAAUUCAAGGACUCGUCGGGUCACAAGGUCCACAGGGCAGUCCAGGAAUUCAGGGAAUUAAAGGAUCAAGAGGUGAAGAAGGUAAAAAAGGUGCUUCUGGAUUUCCCGGUGCACCAGGAAGACCUGGCCUCAGAGGAAAUAUUGGUCCACAAGGGCCAAUGGGACAAAUCGGUGAGCCAGGAGUCAAAGGCACUGCUGGAGAAACAGGCAAACAAGGAAUUCAAGGUCAACCAGGAAUACCAGGAGCUAUCGGUCCAAUGGGUCCAAAAGGUGAAACUGGACACGAUGGUCCCAUUGGACCUCAAGGAAUCACAGGUGCGCCUGGUGAACGAGGCGAAAGAGGAUAUUCUGGACUUCCUGGCGCUCAAGGAAGACCAGGGUCUUCGGGGCAAAAUGGCCAACCAGGAGAACGCGGUGUCGAUGGAAAGCCUGGUCAUGAUGGUUCACCGGGAUCACCUGGACCUCAAGGUUUAACAGGACCUAGUGGAGAACCAGGUCAAAAAGGUGAAGCUGGAAAGGAUGGAAAAUCAGGUGAAAAAGGAGAUCAAGGAGCUAGCGGACAACCAGGACCUCAUGGACCUUCGGGAGCUAUUGGCCCAAUGGGUCCCGUCGGUCCAACAGGAGAAAAAGGUUCAACAGGCCAACAAGGAUCUCCUGGACAACAAGGACCGCGAGGAUUACAAGGUUUAUCUGGACAAGCAGGUUUGAAAGGUGAUCGAGGCGAACAGGGAGAAAAAGGAAUCAAAGGGCACAGAGGAUUUGUUGGCUUACCAGGAUCACCUGGUAAAAUCGGUGAAAUCGGCGAGAAAGGAAAUAACGGAAGUCCAGGGCCACCGGGACCUACUGGACUAACAGGUCCUCGAGGUUUAUCAGGUCGCGAUGGAGUCCAAGGGCCACCUGGGCCAGUUGGUCCACAAGGGGCACGAGGAAGUCCAGGAGAAUCUGGAAGACCAGGCCAUCCUGGUCAACCUGGCCUACCAGGAUCUGGAUGCUCUUCGACUUGUGAAUCUUAUCCAUUCGAUGCAACUACAUUAGCAGCAAUUCUGGGACAGAGACAAUUCAAAGGACCAGAUCCAAUUCUCGGGGAUGAACCAAGUAAACUGUUAUCGUCAAGUAUUACCGAAGAAGAGAAAAAGAAAAUGGUUAACAAGUAUUACAAUAAUUUAGUCGAUGGUUAUAAUAAAAUUCGUAAGCCAACUGGAGAAAAAGAAUGGCCUGCAAGAACAUGUCGCGAUCUUUCAACAGAUCGACCAGAACUAGAAAAUGGGGUCUAUUAUAUUGAUCCAAACGAAGGCGAUGUAAGUGAUGCAAUUCAAGCUUUUUGUAACAUGGAAACAAAAGAAACGUGUAUUUAUCCAUCACCAGCAUCAUUUAAACGACAACAUCGACCAUCAGCUAAAUCGGGAUAUUCGUGGUUAAGUGAAAUGGGCGAAACUAUCAAUUAUAAGUCAAACUUUUCGCAACUGAAAUACUUACAAAUGAUAACCGGAAACUGUCACCAGAAUUUAACUUUCUGGUGUCACAAUGCAAUUGCAGCUUUCGAUUCAAAUCUCAAAACAUAUCGACGAUCACUCAAAUUAUUAGCAUCGAAUGAUAUUGAGCUAACAAUCAAUGGAUAUUCACAAUUUCGUUAUAAGGUUAUUCAUGAUGGAUGUCAGAAUGCUAAUCCAAACACUUGGGAAAAAACUGUAAUCCAAUAUGAAACAACGAAGACACAAAGAUUGCCAAUCACAGAUAUCGCAAUUAAAGACGCCGAUAACACCAACCAUCAAUUUGGUAUCGAUUUGGGUCUAGUUUGUUUUAGUUAAAAAUUGUACAUUUCCGUUUUGUUUUAUUAAAUUAAUUGUUGAAUUAUUCUAAAA